UUCCAGCGCAUUGAAGCCUGUGCUUAGCGCGACAUGUCUUCCGAUAGUAGAACCUAUUUUCGGUCGAAAACCACGCACCAUCACUCUGGAAGCAGAGUCGCUUCGUCGUACGAGCAUGAUGACGUUUUUGUGCUGUCGCGGAUAUGAAUAGCGAGAGAAAUUAUUCAAACUGACGAAUGGCAGUAGAAAUAUUUGACGCCGACCAUUUGGCCAUAUCUGCCAUCGUUACCGUCGGACUGCAGUUUAUUUUCUUUGUCAUCGCAGCAACAUUUCAUUUCGACAAGUUAACAGAUUUCGCUGGUGGUGCCAACUUUAUUAUACUGGCCUUGACUGUAUUUAUUCUGUCACAGACAUAUAGCCCAAGGCAAUGCCUCAUCACUGGUCUCGUCUGUCUGUGGGGUGUGCGUUUAUCAACGUUUCUUCUUUUCCGGAUCAUCAAAAUUGGUAGAGAUGAGAGGUUUCAAGAAGCUAGCAAGAAUAUUGCUCGUUUCGCCAUCUUCUGGACCUUCCAGGCGGUGUGGGUGUACACUGUCAGCCUGCCUGUCAUCUUUGUAAACUCCCCGCGCAAGGCCGAGCCCCUGACGGAUGCCACCAUGACCCGGCUUGACAUGGCCGGCACUAUUGUGUUUGUCAUUGGCUUCCUCUGCGAGGCCAUGGCAGAUGCCCAGAAGUACAGCUACCGGCAGAACACGUCCAAUGCCAGGCAUUGGUGCGACGUUGGGUUGUGGAAGUACUCGCGGCACCCCAACUACUUUGGGGAAAUCACACUCUGGUGGGGAAUCUUCCUGAUCUCCACAAACGUACUUAGGGGGGCCGAGUGGGUGGCCGUACUCAGCCCCCUUUUCAUCUCAGCUAUCAUCCUUUUUCUCAGUGGAGUGCCCCUGCUGGAGAACAGCGCCGACAUACGCUAUGGCUGCAUGGAGGAGUACCAGCGCUACAAGCGAACCACCAGCCCCUUGGUGCCAAUGCCUCCAGGCCUCUACAGGGAGGUGCCGUCGUGUUUCAAGUGUCUAAUUUGCUUUGAGUUCCCCAUAUAUACAAAUUCAAAGGCCAUUGCAACAUCUAUAUAAUAUAAGUUGCAUUGCCAAUACAUUCUUUCUACAGGGAAACAAAAACUGUGGUAAUAUGCUUGCCCUGGGAUAAAUAGAAGCAGUUAUACAAAUUUCACUGCAAUAAUAUCCACUCAGAGACAACUUAGCAGAGUGGCAGUUUCUGGCCAAUUAUUUAUGCAUACUGAGGUAAUGAAGUUUACAGUGUGGACAAAGACACCUACUAGAGGAUAAAAUGCUGUGCAUGUAAACUUGCCAGUUGGUGUCUCAGUGUAUGUUUGUCUUCUUAUUUCUACUGAAGUUAUUUAUGCCUAGAGGUCCACAGUAGAAAGAUAGGAAUAUAUGUACAUAUUUAUGUUUAUGUUUUAUUUGAAAAUCUACCUAAAAGCUGGUUUCCAGAGUUUUAAUGUUCUACUGUACAUUUGUAUAUACCGCAUUUAAUGUUCAAAUGCCGAGCUAAAUGUGUGUACUCAGAGGCAAUGAUAAUGAAAGUCUUCAUGAGACUUGUAGCUCCAGCAUGCAUGUUCUGUUUGUGAUAUGUCUUAUGUGCCACAAAGGGUGCACUUUCUUCUUGCUGGGGUGUACAAGUGGGUGUGUCAGUAAAGAUUCAGGGCUGGAACAUUUGUUGGAAGUCAGCGCUUCGUCCUGUCUCGUCUUCUUUAUUUUUUUUGUUAAUUCAGUGUGCUGGUCCUUCUCAUAAUGGUGUUUUCUUCUGUCUCUUGAACAAACUUUUCAUCAUGUAUUUUCUGCUUGUUGUGUUAUGUCAACAAUAAGUACACAGUUGGCUGCUCAUUUUGCUCAAAAUAGAUUUGCUGGUUUUCAGCUAAAGUACACAGUCAACUUUUAAUUUGUGUUUCUUUAAAUUAUUUAUAGUCUUAAUCAUUAACAAUUCAUUGCAGCUUCCAAGAGUUUACUAAGUUCAACAUUUAUCUUCUGAGGCUGUGUGUGUGUUAGCUUAUCCAUGCACAUGGGAAAGUUGUGUAUUCUUGCAAUGUGCGGCAGAGCAUGGCGUUAGCACUCUAAGCACGUUCAGUCAUAGCUGCUGGGCCUCUUUGUUACUGCCUCUUCAAAUCCCUGGAAGUCUCACUUGUGGUGUGGCAUAACUGAAACUUGGAGUUUCUUUACCGCAUGGUCAGUGGCUUGCCCAUCUCUUCUCUGCUAUCCAUAGUUGAUGCAUACCUGAAGGCUGAUGUUUCUUGAAAUAGAUCAAUUUCUGCAAUUGAGAACUUAAUUGGGCAUUUUUUGACCAUGGACUGCACAGAAAUAAGGCUGUACUUGCUUUACACAGCUUCUGUUUGUUUUGGCUUAUCAGUAUUUCCACACUUUUUACAGCUAGCUCAGUUUCCUUUCUAUGUAAGAGAGUCUGCAUAAAUAGCAAUAGUUCAUUCCGGUAUGGUAUGAAUUCUUAGCUUUACAACAUCUCUAGUCUGAAUUUAAAAAAUGGGAAGCAUUGGGUACUUUUUUCAAACAUGUAAACAUGGUCUUUUUAAACAUGAUCAUUUUUUUAAAGAAAAAUUAUGCCAGGUUAAUGGCUGUUGUCUGUUGUGUACAUCACAACCAAUAAUCACUUCUUAGCUGUGCAGAUGCUGGAACAUUUGAAAGUAACACUGACGAACUAAUAGCUUCGAGUGGCACACUCUUGUAAUUAUGUGACAUGGAGAAGAAAACAUAGUGGUUAUUAAAUUGGAUAUUUCCUAGUUUGUACACUUAAGCAGGAUUCAAUGUCAGGACAACUGUCAGAUUAUUGUAGGCUAGCAAUAAUUCAAAAUUGAAUCGUUUGCAGCUGCUCUAAAUUAAGAUACAUUGCAGCUUGGGGUAGCCACCCCAUUUUAUGUACAUUUAGACCAUACUUUUGAUUACACAGUUCAACAUUUUUUGCCUUUCUUAGUCUGCAGAAAUGCUUGGCUUCCUUGCUCAGUGAUGAUACGGAAAGUGCAGGUAAAAUGAGAUACGGAAUAUUUCAAAAUGUGACAAGUUAACUUGGGAUUUUAUGUAAUUUUAUCUUCCAGUUUAUCAUUUAUAGCAUAAAAAUGUCAGUGUGAGCCACGCCCACACAAAUUUAAGUGCACAUAGUGUACUGCAAAAAAGCUUUUUUAAUGAUCCCAAAUAAUAUCCAUGUUCAUCCCUUCUGUUAAAUAACUGCUGCAUAAUUAAUUGUGAUGGAUAAUUUUAUGCCAUUUCACACAAAGACUUCAUUGAAUAUGUUGAAUAUGAAAAACAGCACUGGAAGGCUUUAGUGAAGGAGGAAGAGGAAAUAGUUAUCUUAAAUAAUAAAGUGCAAGAAGAUGUAGUAUUGCUUAACAUAAUUGACCCAGUAAUGCAGGUCUUGCAUGAGCUACAUUAAACCUGAUGAACCAUAACUGAAGUGAUGAAAUAGUCAAGGAAAUAGCAGAAGGAAUACUACAAAGAAGCAAUGAUGAAAUGGUAAGAGUAUAAGGAAUAGACAACUAAUAAAUUGAUGUGCACAUUCUGGAUGUUUCCAACAUCAUUGUCAAUGAGCCUUUCAUUUUAUUAUAUGAUGCUAGGGCUCUAGAAAGCAGCUUACGUGUUUGUGAGAUUUGGUUCACUAACUCUAUAAUGUCACCUCUACAGCAACUGUAUAUUGAGGGCACCACAAUUUGAAUAGUUCACUUGUAUUUCAUUAUUUCAUAAUAUUUCAGGGUGGAAAACAUGGAUGGCUAAAAACAUUUACCACUUUAAAUUUUCUCAUCUGUUACAGGCUCUUCUGUUACCUCUGCAGCUUCUUUCCAAUGCUGUUACAAUUUAUGUGACUGUGGGUUUAACUUCCCAGUGUACAGAAGCUACAUAGUAUACAGCUCAGUUUUAGAAUUACUCUAUAAAGAUGAAGUGCAGUUGUAGUAGUUGUAGUCUAAUAAUGAAAGUGACAUGCUGAAUGGGCUAAGUGGAUAUUAACAAAUGUAUGAAGUUAGUAAUUGUACAGUAGCCACUAAUAGGCUGUAGUAUAACUAUACUGUUGUAACUGUUCCUAUAAUUGAAAUCUCAUUGCAGUUAGAAAAGACACUGCACACCUUAUAUUUAGUUAUCCAAACUAAUAGAAUUCCGUCAUUGGCCACUUUGCUUUAUACUGCUGUUCAGGGGAUUUCUCUUUCAUUGUAGCAGUUGUGCACAUAGUUAUGAGCAAAUGUCUGGAGAUAAUUGAAGCUGACACUAUCUCAGGCAGCUAGGGCAAUGCAGGAAGACACAUAAGGAAAAAACUAUAUUGUUUUCUGGUUUGUUGUACUGUUAAGACUACUUAUGUUUUACAGAAAAAAAGGUAAUCAAAACUGCAGUGUUAAAUUUAUCACUCCUGUAGUAACAGUUCUGAUCAUAGUUGUGUGUAAAGGUUAGAUGGUGGUUGAAGCUGACAAUCUCAGGCUGCUUUAGCGAUGUAGUAAGGCACGUUCGGAGGAAUUAGUGUUUGCUGGUUUGUUAUGUUUGUAGAACUAUUUAUGUUUUGAUAGAAAAAUAUUAUAAGAAGUACACAUUAAAUUCAUGCUCUCAUGACCUCUUAUUUUUGAAUAUACUUUGCUCUUGCUUUCAAAAGGUUCGGUCUUGUGCUGCGACUGUUAGCUCACAUUGGAGCUGUAACAUGCAGCAAAGUUUUAUCUUUCAUCAAAGAAAUGCAAUACUUUGUAAAUAUUCAUCAGUUGGUAGCACAUACACCAUAUUCCCUGUCCCACAUAACUGACAAGCACUGCAGCUAUCAGCAGCUUCGAAAAACAACAAUAAAUAAAGCUGUUCUACGAAUGUGUAGAAAAUGGUUGUGCUAGUUGCAGUGAAGAUAAUAUUACAACAAUUCAAUUUGUGCAUAACGUGCAUGUUGUUUAAUGUAGCUACUACAACAAGGUACAUAGGCACACUCGUUCACAUAGAAGUAAUGUAGAUUAGAGCAUGCAGCUUGAUAGAGCCCCCACUCCCAAUUAAAAAGAACUUUUGAUGAUGAAACUAGAGGUUGUUGCAGGAUGGCAGCACAACUGUGCAAAUUCUGGCAUAGAAGAUUUUAAUUGUAAUGAUUUGUUCAUGUGUUUAAAGCACUGUAUGUACAUAUAUAAAUAUGACUUAUAGAGGUCUUAUAGAAUAGUAAUUUUAGCAUAGAAAUUAUCAUCUCAGUAACUAAUAUAUAGAUCACAUUAGAGCUGAAUCGUAGAGGUUAAAGAACGCAGUAUAGUAGCUGUUUAUACCCACGGUUUAUGACAUAGUGCCAAAAGUAAGAAAUACCACCAGUCCUUCCUUUUACACGUCUUAAAGAUCAUCUUUAGCAGCACCACAGUUUAGCAAAUUUACGCAGGUGAAUUACUUAAAGGGGCAGACAUUAGUUGUACUGCUACGAAUCACUUGGGUUGUUUGAAUAGGUAAGGUUUCUAAUGGAAUGAAAUAAUUUAUGCAGGUGAAUUACUUAAAGGGGCAGACAUUAGUUGUACUGCUAUGAAUUAUUUGGGUUGUUUGAAUAGGUAAGGUAUCUAAUGGAAUGAAAUACUGAAUGUUCCUAAUUUAUUUCAAAAAACAAAGAAAAAAGUUAGCAAGUUCUGCAGAGUUUGUUUGGAAACAAAUGGCUUGUUUACAUUCUUUAUAUAAAUAAAACUUGUAACGACAGGAUCUUAAUUCAGACAACUGAUAAGUAUAUAAAUGAGAAAAAAAGAAAGGUAUGAUUACUACUGAGGUACUAUGAUAAUGACAGUAAAUAUAACACGGAAUGUAGUGCUCAUUUGAGGAGCUAAUAGUAAUGCUACAGCAUUUUGUAGAGAUUGGCCAGUCAUUAAAUUGUUUUGUAUAGUGAUAGCAUAUCCAUAGGCUGGCUAAGGAGGGACAUGAGACAUUCUUGCAUAAUGAAUGGUAACCAUUACACAUUAGUCAUCUCCAUGUAUUUUUUCAGGAACAGUAUUGCUUUCCCAACAGAUGAAGCUCUCUUGAUGAGAAUUAUUCAGAUGAGUUUCCACUUGUAACAGUCUGUCUGCCUAUAAACUUCAUGAACUGUUGUUGUCUUUUCCAAAGGAAACAAACAUUCAGCAACUUCAAAUAGUUACUACUCCAAAUGAAUGUUCGCAUACAUCUACCCUAUAAACUGCAAGAACUGUUGUUUUCCUUUUGGAAGGAAACGAACGUUCAGCAACUUUAAGUAGUGACCUCUCCAAAUGAAUGUUUGCAGACAUCUACAAGUCGCAGUGUGCAGUGAGCUAAUCAACGAAUUAUACUGAUCAAUUUAUGUUUAUUUACAUAAGCACACAUAGUGUACUGGCGGGACGUGAGCUAGCCAUAGCUUAAAGAUUGUUUGUUUCCUGUGAGCCACGAAACUAUUAGCACAGUUCAAUCAAUCAUUAGGAAUAAUGUACGAAAGCAUCUUCAUGUUCAAAUUAUUUGCUUGUUAUGCAGUGAGAGACAAAACCACAUAGCAUGGCAAUUAUACUUUGGGCUGGAUAUAUCUGAACUGAUGUUUUCCUCUAGAUUCCUGCUAAAUGGUUAUGCUCUGAUAUCUUACUGGCUUCAGUCGCAUUACGUUAUGUGCCAAAUGCAUUGAUCAUUAUCGUAAUUAGAACAGUUGUGUUUGUCCUCUUACUGCACAUGGUGAUUUGCUGUGCAAGGCACGUCCAUCUAUUGAAUGAUCCGUCUGAAAAGUGAAAAUUUUUUUUUUUUUUUUUUGCAGUGAUGAUUUUUCAAAAGUGUGUGAAUUACAAAAAAUACCAAUAAGAUAGAUGGUGUGUAUUGUUUACUAUGAGAAACCAGUUAGCAUGUUUGUUUGUAUUCAAGUACAUUUUAUGCUAUCUUUAUGAUUUGGUGCAAUUUUUGUUAGAUGAGUGUGUUGCUUUAUUGAGGCAUGAUGCUAUGUUACAGUCAUUUAAAGGGGCCCUGCAACACUUUUUCAAGUAACCAUUGAAUGUCUUCAUUUAAAGAGCUUAUUGCCUCAUGAAUCGACUGCCACAAAAAUUUUUAGUAUCCGUUAAGUACUAGUGGAGCUACAUGGAUUUUUUGCACACUUUAAGCAUCUUCUCUCCUUUUGUACCAGCGAACGUGCUGAAAGCUACACAGAGAGGGAGAUGACAAGGGUGCAAGAAGCUGUGUCGCUUCAUCAGAGUGCAUUAUGAGUUGAGCUCUUUCUUUUCAUAUUUUUUUCUUUGAGUGUGCAGCUUACCUUCGAUGUCAUUGCGAGCACUAAUGGGAACAUGGGGACAUCUUAUGGCUGCCACGGUAACUACGUACGUCACAAUGUUGUAAUCAGCCAAUGGCUAUAGACUUGGGUAUAUGGUGCAGUGGUUUGGGUAUAUGGCAUCAUUCGUUGAGUGAAUACAGGGUAAUUUCUUGCCAACUUGGAAUUAAUUGUCAAUUCAAGGCCACAUGCUGCACCAUAACGUCUGGCUCACGUGUCCUCGGGAGCCCAGACUACCAAUUGGCAGCAUUUUUCGUCUUUUCCUGAGAAAGUAUUUCAGGGGCCCUUUAAGUGUUCAGAUAUAGAUAAUAGCUAGCUGUCAACUAUGACCACACAUAAUAUAUGGACAAAAGUAUUGAAUUGUUACCAGCAUUCGUAUGUAUGCAUAUGUACAAUUUCUCGCACUCUGCAACUUGUUCAUAAGCCUCAUCAGGAGUGAUUGUGCUCCAAUUCUAGCUGUGGUCUCACAAAAGUAACGAAAAGCUGCUGGUGUGCAGAUGCUUAAGUAUGUAUUCUUUUCACAAACAUGGCUGUUGCAAGUAAUUGGGAGUUUCCCUGUGAGAAUAGGAUAACAUUUCAGUGUUUAAAAUCUGUGCCUCCAAAGGUGCACCAGUCACAGCAGCACUUCUUGUGCUGGUGUAAAGCCUUCCAAGGACACUUAAUAGUGCUCCUGGUUGCCCAGAGAAAUUCUCUCUUCCCUUCCUCUCUCUCUUUUCAAUCUGCUACUACAUAUAGAUCGUACUCUCUCAAAGCAUACUGUUCCGAGUUGUUCAUCCUCAGGAGACAACUAUACCGGGUUGUACACAGCUCAAAAAGCACUGCUUUCUGACUAUCUUGCUUUUAUAUUGCUAACGAAUAACAAAAAUACUUUGUGAGAACCGUUGAUUGUCAAAAAUUCCUCUAAGCAGGCAAAUUUUUUUAAUUUUUUGCUAUAUCUGUUUCCUGAAAUUAUAAAUUUUAGUUAUGCCUGUACCUGCAAAAUACAGUUUGCAGGGGCUUUGCUGUAUGUGUUACAAUAAUGUGUGCAUUAAAUCAUGAGUCACUGCACUUUUAAGAAGAACAUUAUAACCUGUUUACCCAUGUAAAAAAUUUAAAAUGUCCUACCCUCACAUUUGUCAUAUAUUCUACAUUUCUAUUGAAAAAAACAUGCUCAAGUUGCCACAGUCAAUGCCAUUGCUUCCUUAUUCCUAAAAACUCUGUACCAAUAAAAUACUUGUUUUCUUCAUAUUUUUUUAGCUUGAGCAUAAUAGAUGAGCCUCAAGCAUAUUAUAAAAGCACCAUAUAAAACUUUAGAGUACCUUAGUUUAAUAGAAGCUAUGGAAGUUUCGUAAUUAACAGUCUGAACAGUAGCAUAACCCAGUGCCAAAAGAAAGUCUAUGCCUUGAGUUUCAAUAUUGCACUUGUUAUCCUGUUGAAAGCAUCUAAAUCCAGGCUAUGCUUCUGUAUAACACUAGAAGAGACUGUUUUUUUUUUAAUAAAGUUUCUACCAGUACUUCUAUAUUUAAUCUUUUUAUAAGAGUAUUUUAUCGCAUAUAAAUGGAGGCAAAUAAGAAAGAGCUGACCCCAAAAUUGAAUUGGACUAGGGCCAUGAAAAAAAAUAUUUUUAGAUACUAAGAUUAGUGGUCCACUGUAUCAAGUGCAUUUAAUCAUUUAUGAAGCUAGCAUACAUUUUAACUAUAUUUUUAAGUGUCAUGUUCCUGAAUAGAUUAAUUAAGCAAGAAAGUUUACCAUGAAUUGCAGAAUGUAUGAAAAUUUUCAGCUUGGUGUGGCUUUACAGCCGCAUAUAAUGAGCUGCAGCUUUAGGCCAUAGGUGAUGCUUCAGCAGUGACUAAUUAAUCAAAUGAAAAAGUUGGGACAAAGUAGUAAUUUUCACUUGCGAAGGUUAACAGGAGUGGUGGGCAUCUGAAAUUAUACAACUGCCUGCAACCUCGGGAAUGGACGUGUUUACCCAAAUAUAGGUUUGCCUUUCUUUUUUUUAAAUAUAAAGUGAGUUGUUCAUCUGUAUUCAUGACCAAAGAAUCUCAGCUUAUAUUAAUUAAUAGAGGUAACAAAAGUACUGAACUAGUGUAGCCCCGCCGCGGUGGUCUAGUGGCUAAGGUACUCGGCUGCUGACCCGAAGGUCGCGGGUUCGAUUCCCGGCUGCGGCGGCUGCAUUUCCGAUGGAGGCGGAAAUGUUGUAGGCCCGUGUACUCAGAUUUGGGUGCACGUUAAAGAACCCCUGGUGGUCAAAAUUUCCGGAGUCCUCCACUACGGCGUCUCUCAUAAUCAAAUGGUGGUUUUGGGACGUUAAACCCCACAAAUCAAUCAAUCAAUUACUGAACUAGUGGAGUUCCCAUGUCGUGUCUAUUGUUCUUCAAGCAGCACCAGCAGCAUCGGCUGUAUUUUAACUCUGCUAACUUCAGCUAGAGUUAAAAAUAUGUCUACGCAUUUUUCGAUGGCAUGACUGAAUGCAUAUUGCAAGUUGUUAUGAUAAAUAACAUUAUAUUUUGUGUUCUUAAUUGCCUGAUGAGGCAAGAUUGAAUAACCAACUUCUGGAGCAAUGAAGGUGGGUUAUAAAUUCCAAUUAUAAAGUUGUAGAUCAGUUCGAAAAAUAUCUAAUUAUGUAAUUUAUAACUUAGUAUUCAAUAAGUAUUAGUGAUUUUCUACUUAUCACAGGAGCCAGCAAAAUAUAAAAAAUAUCACAUGACAUCUGCACAUUAGGAAGCACUGCAUUGAUGUAGUACUCCCUAAUUUUUGCAUAAAAGUUAUUUGCUACCCUCGUGGCGGUUAUUUACAGCAAUAAGCAGAUGUUGCAGUUAUCACUUGUGCUGCUGCAAACAAUAGGCGAAUCGUCAAACAGCCGCUACCAUUGUCGCCACCCUAUCACCUUAAGUGGCAGCCCAACCUAUCGAUUGCUGUGGUCGUUUGCAUACGAAACAUUGCGUAGCAUUGCAAUUAUGGUGCACAAGCAGGCAUGUUGCAUCAUAUAUUCUAUUUCAUGGGCAUCUGCAGUAAGCAGAAAAUACCAGUACUUAGCAGAUACAAAGUUUGAUACUGCCUAAUCAGAUGUUUUGCCAACCAAUCUAUAGUUUUCUAAUUGCAGUUUUUCCAGCUUUUUGUUUUACAAGUUUGUUAAUUAAUCUUCUCUAAUUAAGCGAUUCAGCAGAAUAGUGAAAGUAGUCUAACGUAGUCCAUGCAGUAGUCAGAAACAUGCACUUGGUCAUGCUGUCAUAGAGUGAAUCAGCAUAUUUUUAAACUCUGGCUGCUGGGGUGCCCUGUAUUAUAUGUAUAUGUGUUAUUCAUGUAAUAUAUAAUGUAUGUAUAUUGAAAAUGAAUAGACUUACCAAAAUAUAACAGAAAAAAAACACUGAGCUAAUAAAAAAAGAUACGACUUGAGGAUGUUGUUUAGGGCUUCAUCAAGCAAGAUAUAUAGGAGACAAACUUUUUAUUUCUCAUAUAGGAGCCAACAUAUGUUCAUUUUCUACUUAUUUUUUGGGAGAUAUGUAAAGUUUGCAUUUUACUCUUACGAACUUAACUUUAAAUGUAGAACUUGCAGAAGUAAAGCAUUUCUGAGCCUAGCACUUGUUUAGAGAUAUUGCUCUUCAAAGCCAUUAUUGAAAUACUUGAGUACGACACAAGCAGAUACUAUCCUUCAUAACCACAUUAAAUUAAUGUUUUAUGGUACUGUGAGAAAAUAGUGUUGUAUGAAUAAACUUCCUGUACAUUAUUUGCUGUACAUCAGAAACUUUUGCAUGUCUAGUUGCAUAAAACAUUUUUUUUUUGCAAAAUUCGGUAGUUGUUCUAUACACAUUUGAAAAAACUCACUUUGAUUCACACUUGGAUUUUAUUAUUUGAAUUUGUUUCAAAGUAGAAAUUUGAUAUUUGCACACCCCUGGUUUUUCUCUCUCUCUCUCUCUGAGAGCUUGGGAACAUAGCUCUUACAAAAGGCUUGCAUGACAUAUUGAUAUAUGUAGAAAGUGUGUAAUAUAUGGUAGCAGAGUUACCUGUUUUUAGAAGAAUUUCUUAACAGUGGUGCUAGUCUUGUACUUUCUGCUAGGUGAAUGUUUAUUUAGCACUGAAUAAGCCUCAAUUCUGCGAUUGGAAGAGGUGGGUUGAAGUUACCAAUUAACAGAUAGUACAGUUGUGUCAAAGAUUUUACUGGCAAUUGUGUUGAACACCACUUCUGAUGUCCACUGCUGAUGGUUUUUUGGUUUGAGAAAGUUAUCAUUUGGUAUUCAGUAAUUUGUUUUCAUAGGAGUACUGGCUCAUUACAUUUAGCUUAUUCCACUGAGUGAACGUUCUGAACCUUUCAACUCCAGAAACAUUGCUGGCAAUCCUCAGAGCGCCCUAAACAGUUUACAAACAAACAGCUUUUCUACAAACUGGUUUCAGUUUUAAUAUCCAGAAGGUGACCGUGCCAUGAUGUCAAAACACGAAAGUUUGUCACAUAAGGGAAGAGCAUCGCAAUGUUUUACAAUCACACCAGCUUGCUUCGCAGUCUAGUAGGCUCCCAUUCAUUGCGUGGUUCAUGAUACGAGGUAUAUGCACAAUGAUACAUAUGCUACCUCAGAACAAUCCCGGGGAAAGGAAGCCACAACUGGCUCACGGGAAGUUGUUACGAAUUGUUUAGGGCACUCUGAGGCAUGCCUCUAUUUCUUCUAGAGUGACAAAAUAUACAACCUUCAUGUAAUGUGAAAAAAAACCAUUAAAAAAUGAAAUUAUGUCAAUAACUGGUAAAGGGCUCAUUUUUCAAAAUCACAACGGUAUCAUUGCGACUCAUUUCUUUUUUUUAAAUUGCAAACAGGGGAUCUCUGCUUACAAGAAUUGCUUGCCGCCACAUAGCGUGGCAAAAUUUACUAAAUGAGAGUACUAAUAGAACAGCCACUGCCAUUUGUGUUGUGAAAUAAAACACACUUGACAGCUGCUAUUCAUCACAAUCUAUUCACAAAGUGGAAAAAUAAUCAUGAUGAGUACGAAAAUGCAAGCUCAUUGUAAGUCAAAAAGUGGCAGUCACUUGAGAUGAGCUGAGGUCCAGUUACCUCAAAGUUUUAAUAACUGAAAAAAGAGUAUUGCCAGAAUAUUCAGCAUGAAAGCAAUAUUGCUUUGCUGGUUUAGUUGGAAGGAAGAUCAGAAGUCCAGAAAAUUUCCUAGAGGGAUGAAGCUUUUGAAACUACUGGAAGCAAAAAAGAUCCUGGAUGGUGAUCUCAAUGCUUUGUGAUAUGAAGCGUGGAGGGAUCUUCAACAAAUGGUUGUGCAAAACAAAUACACAAGAAGCAACAAGGACACCACUAACCUUUCUGUAUUUUAUACACCUGCCUUUGUAAACCAUCUAUGUCUGCAAACUUGCUCACUAUUUUGUUGCUCUCCAUGGGAAAGUCACUAUGAAUUUCAAUGAUGCAUUUGUUCAGAGUAAUUAUUAUUUUUCAAUUUCCCAGAAUGGCUAUCUGACAUGACAAAUAAUUGUGUAAAUAUGUAGUAUUUGUGUUUGAAUACUGCUAUAAAAACUUAUUUUGCUUGUUUUUAUGGCUGAUUUCAGAUAAAACAAAAUACAAAUAUGUGUAAUGAUUGAUGAACUUAGCUUUUUAAAACUUUUUAAAAACUUCUUUAAUAAACAUAUAGUUAAUAAUUGUAAAUUUUCAUUUUAUCACUUUCUUUUUGUAAACCCCGUAUUGUUUUUGGCUUUAUAAGCAACUUCUUUAUGUUGGAAAUAUUAGGACUUGCAGUGAUGUAAUGUUAAAAUGCCCAAUGUUGUCCUCUACUGUUUUUUAUUUAGUUAAACCAGCUGUAACAAUACUGAAUAUGCUAACCAAGCACUGUUGGUUUACUUAUAAUGUGGGAAACAUCAUGCUUUUGAGGUUGUGUAGUUUUCAUCUCUGUUGAAUGAGAGCUGUAGCCAAGCUGACAUGACAAAUUAUUGUACUUGUUGGCUUAAUAUAUUUUUACUAAAAACUUCACUUAAACUUGUUUAUUUUCUUAAUAAGCAGUAGCUAGUUAAUAAUGCUAUGAUAAUUUUACUUUAUUCCGCUUUCUAAUAAAUAGCUUAUUUAUACUACAACAUUUAGUUUGAAAGAUCUAUUAAGUAACAGUGAUUACUUCAAACUGACACAUGUUUUGUUUGCAUAAUGCAUUCAUAAGAACACAGAAAGCAUUUGGUCCCUGUACCAGUUGACUUCAACUGGUCCCUGUACCUGUUGAAUUUAGUACUGGAGGACGUAGUACCUCAUAGAAUAAAAUUUUUGCAUAUAUAAUGCAUCUUCGCAAGAUUGGACUAUGUAGAAAAAAGACUUCCACUGUGAUGCAGCGCGUUAUGCAGAACUCUAAAAGGUUUGUCCCGUUCGGCAUCUACUAUUAGCAUUUCUAGAAGUUUAAGCUCUUCCAAAAUGUACCAAGAGGAAAAUGGUCAUUCUGUAACUUAUAAGCUGUUUCAACAAUAAUAGAGAGUGGAGUUCUCUGGUACAGCCAAAUCUAGCAGUUCCUGCAAAAAUUCUUACAGGUAUCUCUCCAUUUACAGUAUUAUAAUAGCUUACAGGCUUUUUUUACUCGUGCAUAUUUGUAAAUCCCUCAAAUGUGUCUGCCAAAAAUAUUUUUUAUUGCAGCUUACUACCCGUAAGUCAUGUUUGACAAAGAUGGUGUUAUCAGCAGUGCAUUGAAUAGCAAUGUAUUUAUACCUUGCUUAACCAGCCUUUGUUUCUUCUAAUGGAUAGGAAAUUUUCAUGUUUAGUUUGAACUUCUUGUACAUUGAAUCUGGACUUUUCAUACCCAAGUAAUCAUUGGUAUUCGUGGCACGUACGAUAAGGCACAAACAUUUAAGGUCAAGACUGGAUACAUGAGGUUAUACAUACAUCACUGAGUAUUAACAUAGUAAUUCAGCUGUAUAGUCAACAGCAUCGAUACUUAGACAUUUCUGUGAUUGUUUUAGCACACUUUCUGUUGUGGCAGCUUCACUACAUCCUUCAUAAGCAUGUAUUCUAUGCAUGUAGUGACAUUGACAAUGCUCAUGGAAUGAAACAAGUCAUUUUAAGGUUAAGUAAUGCACAUACUUUCAUUUACACCUAGGCUUCGAUUUAUAUCACAUUGACAUGAUAUUCACUCAUACACUUUCAAAAGAGAGAGGGUUUGUGAGUGGCCACCAAGCAUUGGAAUCUGUACUACAAUAUUCAUAAUAAGCAAAUUCACCAAAGAAUAAGAAUUGGCUGGAGCACAUAAGGCAGGCAUUCCCGAAUAAUGACAGGCAAUUUGCCACUGCCUCUGAAGUGAAAACUAUGCAAUAACUGCAUACUAUCAGUUCUAUAACAUAUGGGCCUGAAACUUGAAUGUUAACGGAAAAACUAAAUAAAUGUUGACACAGUCUGUAUGCAACAUUAAGAGAUAUGAAGACAGCAGAAUGGGACAGAGAAUAGGCAGACAUAUCGGAUGUACUAGUUGACGUUAAAUGAAAGAAAUGGACUUAGUGUGUGGGGCAGACAACCAGUGUUCAGUUAGUACUAGUUGACAUUAAAUGAAAGAAAUGGGCUUAGUGUGUGGGGCAGACAACCAGUGUUCAGUUAGUGCAACUGAAUGGCUACUAAGGGAUGGGAAACACAGUCUAGGAGGAUGGCAGCGAGUUAUAUUAGAUGGAGAGACAAAAUUUAGUAGCUUGCAGGAAUAAAACGGAAUUAGUUUCAAGAUUGUAAAAAUUAGAAAUCAUUGGGAGAAGCCUCCUUCCCUAAUGAACAUAAAAUAGGCUGAAAAAAAAUGAGCUGAUAAUGAGAGCCAACAUUAUAUUUAGUGACUAGAUUUCAAGCAGCAUUACAUGUUUAACUUGAUCAACUUCACGCCACACUUCUUAUACUUGAUGUCGCACUUUAUUCCAUGAGCACUGUAGAGUUGACAAAGGCUCAGGAAAAGGGUGAACUUUGUUUGGAUCUUUUUUAAAGCCUGAAACAAAAACUGUUUGCCAAGGAAACAUUGAUUGAUUAACAUGUGGUGUUUAACAUCCCAAAACCACCAUACGAUUAUAAGAGAUGCCGUAGUGGAGGGCUCCAGAAAUGUCGACCACCUGGGGUUCUUUAGCGUGCACCCAAAUCUGAGCACAUGGGCCUACAUUUCCGCCUCCAUCGGAAAUGUAGCCGUCGCAGCCGGGAUUCGAUCCCACGACCUGCGGGUCAGCAGCCGGGUACCUUAGCCACUAGACCAUCGCGGCGGGGCGCCAAGGAAACAUUGGUACAUAUAUGUGCUAGUUUUCUCAAAGCAUAAAAAUCCCUACUUACUUCUACGUUAUAAGGGUGGGCAUAAUACUGCAAAAACGUGAGUGGGCUUAAGCUGAAUGCUCUUGUCAAAAAUAUAGUCGUUACUACAACCUCUGGAGCACUCUAGGCAUAAGAAAGUUGGUCUUGAGAUAUGCAGGGAUCCUGUCAUACUGCCAUUUCUGCAGAACUCCAAAACUCGUUAUCAUUUUCAAAUGCUGUUAGACAGUUAUUUAGGAGGCCAAUCAGACGACUAGGAGCCCACUUGUUACUCAUUGUGGGAGAAUUAAUCUUUGACAGAAGUUGUGUGUACAUGCAUGAGAACAAAGAGACUAACUGUGGAAUAGCAUUAAUAUGCCUGGCAACUGUAUCAUUUGGUAUGCAUUAAAGUGCACAAAUACUAGUUUUGAAAUUUGAGAAUAGAUAUGGAUAGUUAAAUCAAACAGGAUGUUGCCACUCGACAUCUUUCAAAUUGCUGCUUCAUCAUUAACCCAGAAUUUCAUGUCAUCUUGGCAGGAAUUCAGAAGUUUAAUGGAUAUUACAAAAUGAGCAUUGCGUGUCGCAUGAUUAUUUGUGGUUACUUGGGAAAGUACUGCAAACAUUCCGAAGUUUAAGUCAAUAACCCGCCAAGGCAUUUAUGGUACACCUUUGUUUUACGACAGAAGUACUCCUGUGUUUUUCUCUUCCUAGUGCAGCUCCUCUUUGUAUACCUGAUUUUUACCUCAAUCCCAAUGUACAACUUUACAAUAUGUAUAACUAUGGCCUAUAUUGUUAAUAAAUGGUGCUUACCCUGUUC